GCUUUUAAUUUUUUCCUUAACGACGAAGAAAAGAAAAGCAGAGAAACGGAAGCAAUUUUUAGCAUAAUAACUACGAUUUCUCUCUCUGACUCUCUCUAGCUUUGAAGAUAAGACUGUGGCAGCUUCGUCUCUUCUAAGACGUUAGGAGAUCAUUCAUCCGAUGGGUCUUCUCUCCAACAGGAUCGACAGAUCGAGUUUGAAACCUGGGGAUCAUAUCUACUCCUGGAGGACUGCUUACAUCUAUGCCCAUCACGGGGUCUAUGUUGGAGAUGAUAGAGUCAUCCAUUUCACUAGACGAGGCCAAGAAGUUGGAACCGGGACUGUUCUAGAUCUCAUUCUAGUGAGCUCAGGUCCAUCCCGGAUUCACACCCACUGUCCAACCUGCGUUCCACCAAACGAAGGUCAUGGUGUUGUUUCCUCGUGCCUAAGCUGUUUCCUAGCUGGUGGUGUUCUGUAUCGGUUUGAGUACUCUGUCAACGCUGCUCACUUCCUCGCCAAAGCCCGAGGAGGAACAUGUACACUCGCUGUCGCUGACCCUAAUGACAUAGUUGUCCACCGGGCCAAACACCUCCUUCAAAACGGGUUUGGAUGCUACGACGUUUUCAAGAAUAACUGUGAGGAUUUCGCUAUAUAUUGCAAAACCGGAUUGCUGGUUCUUGGGGGAAGGACAAUGGGACAGAGUGGACAGGCUGUCUCCAUUAUAGGUGGGCCUAUUGCUGCGGUUUUGUCAACGCCAAUGCGGCUUGUGACAACAAACAUUUAUGGAAUGGCGGCUACGGCGGUUGGUGUGUAUUGUGCUAGUAGAUACGCGACUGAUAUCGGAAUGCGAGCUGACGUCACGAAAGUUGAAGCAGAGGACCUUACAAGAAGGUUGUCUUCAGGACUUUUCCAAGUUCUUGAUCCUCCAUUGGCAGCCAUAGCUUUACCAAGCACUAGUUAAUAGAUAAGCUUAAGCUUCAUCAGCUUAUCUCACUGUUGUAUUUCAUGUUGUGCUUUGGCUUAAAAAAAAUUGUUCUAAUAUAGAAUACUACUUGUAAAAACUUAUAUUUUCUUAUAUGCACAAUUGAGCAAAGUAUAAGCAAAUCUAGCUUAUACUGUAUA